AUACUACAUUUACCAAGGAAUCUACUUUCAGCCUAAAUAUCCUCCCCACUCUCUUGCUGCUGGAAUAUUGCCUUCCAUGGCAUUUCACAAGGAAGAGAGCCAGGAGGACUCACAGGAGUGUCCAGUGUGCUAUGAUUGUCUGUCGGGAUCAGAGAGGACCCUGAGCUGCGGGCAUGUGUUCUGCCACGACUGUCUGGUCAAAACAUGGGUCAGCAUCAACAGCGAUGGGAACAUCAGGGACACUAUUGCUUGCCCCAUCUGCCGACAUCUUACAUUUAUCAAGAAACAAAAGGAAGCGUUGGUGUCCCUCGCAGCGGACAAGAAUCCAGAUGAAGGGCAGACACUAGAGGUGCCUCUUCCUCUGCCACCGGGACAGCUCCAGAGCGCAGGACGCUCCUCCAGGGACACUUUACCGAGGGGAGUUAAUUGGAUUGCUCACUGCUUUAGGGGAAUCUCUGAACGAGUCCGUCGACAGAGGUUGAUCAGCCCCGGCCACAAUGCGUCUCAGAUCUUUAUCAUAAGCGCUCAAGGGCGACCCAUGGCCGAAGAAGACGUGCUCAGCGUUGUGAUGACUGUGGUUCAACCCCAGCGCAGGCGAAGGCGCAAGAUUUGCACAACUGCACGAUGCCUGAUCGUUUUGCUGUCAGCAUUUACUAUACUCGCACUGGUGGCUGCAACUUUACCCUGGAUUUUGUUGGCAUAGCCCCGUGAUAUGUGGAUGUGUGGAUUAUGAAGUGCCAAUGGGGAAUAAUGAACUGACAUUUAUAGAAAACAUCUGGUCCAGUAUCGUAUUUACUAGUUAUGCAAUGGAGUGUGUGAAGCAGUUUUUCUUUUUCUGAUUAAAAUGUGCAUUUCAGUGAAUCAUCGACCCACUGAAAAUGUACAAUUUUGUCAAUUUAAUAAUGUGUACUUAAUGGUUUUAAAAUGUGAUUAGGUAUUUUCCUGAUUUUAUUGGCAUGUCCAAGUCUUUUAUGGGCAUUACCAAGCAACAGUCUGAAGGUUGGGAAAGCCUUGACAGCAAAGUCCUUUGUGUUGCAUUCCUGUCUGUGACAUGUUCUACCUGUUUAUGAGAAGCAAACAUGCAGGCACAUUCAAAAGUUUGUAAAUUCAACUAGAGAGGAAAUUUUGAGAUUAUAAUUAAUAAUAAUCAACAAUUAGAAAAAUAUUUGGUAGGGAAAAAAGCAUUUAAAUAAAAAACAUUUAUCUGACUUAAUCCCAUUGUUGUUAAAGCAGCUCAGUUCAUUGUUAAGUUACCCUGUUGUUGGAUACACUGUUUCUAAGCAACUUUAGGACUGAAAACUUGCAGAGCUACAACCUCUAUCCCAACUUCAGGAUUAUUUUAGUCAGGUUACAUUUUGGCAGCCAGACAUGAGCUUGGUAAAGUGAAGAAGCAAGUGUGAUAAUAAAGACCUUGUUAAAAUAUACAUCAU